CGAUCCACCAUCAUUAUAUUAGAAAACCUAGGGUUCGCUUCAAAGCUUUCAGAGUUCAGACACCAUAUCCUGCAGUAACUCCAUUGAAGCAUAAGCAGCCGCAGCAAUGGUGAAAUACUCGAAGGAGCCUGAUAAUCCUACAAAAUCCUGCAAAGCUAGGGGUUCCGAUCUCAGAUGUCACUUUAAAAAUACAAGAGAAACCGCACAUGCCAUAAGGAAGUUGCCGUUGAUCAAGGCAAAAAGAUAUCUGGAGGAUGUUUUGGCCCACAAGCAGGCCAUUCCGUUUACCCGUUUUUGUAGGGGUGUUGGGCGUACAGCUCAGGCCAAAAAUAGGCACUCUAAUGGUCAAGGUCGGUGGCCUGCCAAGUCAGCUAAAUUCAUUUUGGAUUUACUCAAAAAUGCUGAAAGCAAUGCUGAGGUUAAAGGCUUGGAUGUUGAUGCACUUUUCAUUUCUCAUAUUCAAGUAAACCAAGCUCAGAAACAAAGGCGUAGAACAUACCGAGCUCACGGAAGAAUCAACCCCUACAUGUCAUCUCCUUGCCACAUUGAGUUGACUUUGUCUGAAAAGGAAGAGCCUGUGAAAAAAGAGGCGGAAUCUCAACUGGCAACCAGUGGAAAGUCAAAGAAGUCCCAGGCUUAGUUCAUGCCAUAGAAACGUUUAGGUUUGACCAGAAACAGUUUUGAACUACUAUUGUCAUUCGUGUUUUGAAGACGCUCUUUGUUUAGCGCUCGUGUUUUUGUGGCAAGUGUACUUUGUUUUUGGAUGUUCUAUUAAUUUCAAAAGAAAGAUGGUUCUUAUGAUUCU